GUCUAAAUUUGUGGUUUUAUCCAUAGAUAUAGGAUAGUAAAUCCUAAAUCUAUGGUUUUAUCAAAUGAUUUCAAGGAAGAGUAACAGCCGCGCGUGAAGUUGUGAUUUAAUAAUGUCAGACGAGGAAUUUAGGAACGAUCGACAUAAAGACCUGCAAAUGUCUCCAAGUUGCUCCAGUUUUGAGGCGCAGGAUCCGCAUGAUCCCGUCAUUAGCCGCCUUGCUACACAGCUGUUCAGAAAGACCAAUGAUUACCUACAGGGAGAGAUUACUGCUGGGCAGGAUCAUUACAAUUUGCUUGAACAGAUUAAUCGCUUAACCAUAACUAAAUACACUGACAUUAGGAACUUAGCGGCAAAUUUGAACAAAAUGCUUAAUGAAUAUAAUGGGAAGUAUCAUGAGCAGAUCAAACCACUGCUCCUGCAGAUAGACGCGAUCAUCGAACAGGUGUCGUGGCUGGAGACCCAGGCAUACCGCCUUGAUGCCGCCACAAAACAACUCAAGCAGCGGUUCAAGGAACUGGAGGAGAGAUAGGUUCCUGAACAUAUACCACCUGCCC